GCAACCACCACCAUGCCUGACGCAGACGAGGCGGGCCCGUCGACGUCGCAGGGCCGCCGCCGUGUAUAUCCGACCGAGCCGUUUGUGGACGGGCGCGGGGACACGCUUGCGCUGCGAACCUUUGCCGCCGAGGACACUGACCUGCCGGCCAUCACGCGGCUGUGCAGCCAAGAGCUGAGCGAGCCAUACAAUGUCUACACUUUCCGCUACUUUCUCGAGGACUGCCCGGACCUGACCUUCUUCGUCUUCCCGUCCGCCGACGACCCCGAGCCGCUCGCGACGAUAAUCUGCCGCUUGGACACGCACCGCGAGCGCACGUCGCGCGGCUACAUCGGCAUGCUGAGCGUGGACAAGCGCUGGCGCCGGCGCAGCAUUGCGCGCCGCCUCGUCGAGCUCGCGAUCCGGCGGAUGGAUGAUAUGGGCGCGGACGAGAUUGUGCUCGAGACCGAGUUCGACAACGCCCCCAGUCUCGCGCUGUACGAGGCGCUUGGGUUUGUGCGCGAGAAGCGGUUGCAUCGGUUCUACUCGAACGGGAAGGAUGGAUUUAGGCUGAUUCGGCCGUUGGCACGGCAUCCGCUGAUGCGUACCGCGGUGGUGCGCGAGAGACAGGAGGCGGAGAGGCGCGCACUGAGGUUGCACAAGGAGAAGGAGGGAGAGGAGGAGGGGAACGGAGAGGUGGAACAGAGCGUGCCGCCGGAAAUCGCUCUCGUCCUCGCUGGCCCGCUUGCAUCCCCGCCGACGGCUGCGCACGCCAAUGCCAUGGCGCAGCUCGCCAGCCUCACAUUAGAUGCGCCGAGAGCAUACGGCAACGCCGUGCAGACUGCUUCGAGCUCGGUGGACUCGAAACCCAAGGCGCGCCCCCCGCCCAGCUAUAUCAUGUAGCGUCACGACACCAUUCUUGACAGCCACGUCCUAAUGCAUUGAUGUGUACACGUUCCAU